AUGGGUAUCUCACGACGUCCCAAGGACAAAUCCGCGAAGACGGGCCCUGCCGGUCCCUCCGGGGCAGCGGGCGGAGGCGGCAAGCCCAAGAAGGCCACUUACGAGGUCACCAAGAAGAAGGAGAUUGGCGUUUCGGACCUUACGUUGCUCAGUAAGGUGUCCAACGAGGCCAUCAACGACAAUCUGAAGAAGCGGUUCGAGGGCCAGGAGAUCUACACCUACAUCGGUCAUGUGUUGGUGUCAGUCAACCCUUUCCGGGAUCUGGGCAUCUACACCGACCAGGUCCUCGACAGCUACAAGGGUAAAAACCGUCUCGAAAUGCCCCCCCACGUGUUCGCUAUUGCCGAAUCUGCGUACUACAACAUGAAGGCGUACCAAGAUAACCAGUGUGUCAUCAUUUCCGGCGAGUCGGGCGCUGGUAAGACGGAGGCAGCCAAGCGCAUCAUGCAGUACAUCGCCAACGUUUCAGGAGGAGAGUCGGGCGACAUCAAGCAGAUCAAGGACAUGGUGCUGGCUACCAAUCCUUUGCUCGAGUCAUUUGGCAACGCAAAGACGCUGAGAAACAACAACUCGUCCCGUUUCGGCAAGUAUCUUCAGAUUCACUUCAAUGCGCAAGGUGAACCAGUCGGAGCCGACAUCACCAACUACCUCCUCGAGAAGUCCCGUGUCGUCGGCCAGAUCAUCAACGAGCGAAACUUCCACAUCUUCUACCAGUUCACCAAGGGCGCCUCCCAGACCUACCGACAGCAGUUCGGAAUCCAGACACCCGAGACGUACGUCUACACUAGCAGGUCGAAGUGCCUCGAGGUCGACGGAAUCGACGAUUUGGCGGAAUACAACGACACGCUCGAAGCUAUGAAGAUUAUUGGUCUCAGCCAGGGGGAACAAGACGAGAUCUUUCGCAUGCUCGCUGCCAUACUGUGGGCCGGCAACAUUCAGUUCCACGAGGGCGAUGAUGGAUACGCCGCUGUUAGCGAUCAGUCGGUUGUUGACUUCCUCGCCUACUUACUAGAGGUGACGCCUGAGCAGCUCAUCAAGGCUAUCACUAUCCGUAUCCUCACUCCGCGGAAUGGCGAGGUAAUCGAGUCCCCCACGAACCCGGCUCAAGCAGCUGCGACGCGAGACGCCCUGGCCAAGGCCAUCUACAGCAACUUGUUCGACUGGAUCGUUGAGCGUGUCAACAAGUCGCUCAAGGCAAAGCAGGCGACUAGCAAUAAUAUCGGGAUUCUCGAUAUCUACGGAUUCGAGAUCUUCGAAAAGAACAGCUUCGAGCAGCUUUGCAUCAACUACGUCAACGAGAAGCUGCAGCAGAUCUUCAUUCAGCUUACGCUGAAAGCGGAGCAGGACGAGUACGCACGCGAACAGAUUCAGUGGACACCUAUUAAGUACUUCGACAACAAGAUUGUGUGCGACCUCAUCGAGUCAGUCAGGCCUCCCGGUGUUUUGUCAGCCAUGAAGGAUGCCACCAAGACAGCCCACGCAGACCCUGCCGCUUCUGAUCGGACGUUCAUGCAAAGCAUCAACGGCAUGUCCAACCCCCACCUGACACCCCGCCAGGGCAGCUUCAUCAUCAAGCAUUACGCCGGUGAAGUGUCUUAUACGGUGGACGGAAUUACGGACAAGAACAAGGACUUGCUUCUGAAGGGCUUGCUGAACCUCUUCUCCGGUAGCAGCAAUCAGUUCGUCCACGCGCUGUUCCCUCACCAGGUCGACCAGGAUAACCGCAAGCAGCCUCCUUCUGCUGGUGACCGUAUCAGAGCCUCUGCGAAUGCGUUGGUAGAGACUCUGAUGAAGUGCCAGCCCUCUUACAUCCGGACCAUCAAACCCAACGAGAACAAGUCGCCUUCUGAAUACAACGUCCCCAACGUACUUCACCAAGUCAAAUAUCUUGGUCUCCAGGAGAACGUUCGCAUUCGCCGUGCCGGGUUUGCCUAUCGUCAGACAUUCGAGAAGUUUGUGGAUCGUUUCUUCUUGCUGUCGCCUGCAACAUCGUAUGCUGGUGAGUAUACUUGGCAGGGCUCGUACCAGGAUGCCGUCAAGCAGAUUCUCAAAGACACCAGUAUCCCUAAAGAGGAGUGGCAGAUGGGUACAACAAAGGCCUUUAUUAAGUCUCCUGAAACGCUCUUUGCUCUUGAGCACAUGAGAGAUCGAUACUGGCACAACAUGGCCACGCGUAUCCAGCGCAUGUGGCGAGCUUACCUGGCCUACAGAGCUGAGUCUGCUACUCGAAUUCAGCGUUUCUGGCGUAAGAAGAGAACCGGUGCCGAGUAUCUGCAGCUUCGCGAUCAAGGCCACAGAGUUCUGCAGAACCGCAAGGAAAGAAGGAGAUACAGUCUGCUUGGCUCUCGCAGAUUCUUGGGCGACUACCUCGGCAUCAACGCCUCAAUGGGGCCCGGCUCCCAGAUCAGAAACGCGAUAGAUAUUUCCAACAACGAGAAGGUCGUCUUCUCCUGCCGAGGAGAGAUCUUGGAGGCCAAGUUCGGCCGAUCCAGCAAGCCUAGUCCCCGCAUCCUGGUUGUCACCAGCAGCAAGUUCUACAUCGUUGCCCAAAUGUUGGUCAACGGCCAGCCUCAGAUCUCAGUGGAGCGCUCGAUGCCUUUGGGUGCCAUCAAGUUCAUUGCAGCCUCAACGGCCCGCGAUGAUUGGUUUUCCCUUGGUGUGGGAUCGCCCCAGGAGGCCGACCCCUUGUUGAACUGCGUCUUGAAGACUGAGAUGUUCACCCAGAUGCAGCGAGUCAUGCCUGGUGGCUUUAACCUUAAGAUUGGAGAGGUGAUCGAGUAUGCAAAGAAACCUGGCAAGAUGCAGGCAGUAAAGGUCCUCAAAGACUCACAGCAGGCUGUUGACUACUACAAGAGCGGAGCUGUGCACACCCAACCAGGAGAGCCUCCCUCUUCUGUUUCUAAGCCCACGCCAAAGGGCAAGCCGGUUGCUGCUCGGCCCAUCACCCGAGGCAAGCUGAUCAAGCCUGGCGGUCCCAAUGGCAGACCAUCUCGGAUGACAAACACCAACCGGACACCUCAGCCUCGACCUGCCGCCUCCACUGCCAGGACCGGACCUGCUGCUACUCCUCAACUUCCUGCUGCAGCUAGCUCAGCCAAGACUGGACCUUUUGGGCGUCAACAACAACAACAACAACAACAACCUGCCGCAGUCGCGACAUCAAUCCCUACACACACGAAACCCCAAGCAGCAAAUUCCGCAGCUACCAGGAUGCCUCCUCCCCCGCCUCCUGCCGCGCCUCCGGCGAAGAAUAAGAUCAUGGCGAAGGUCCUUUACGACUUUGCUGGUCAGAAGGAGAACGAGUUGACGGUCCGAGCCGGCGAUAUGAUUGAGAUCGUCCAAAAGGAGAACAACGGCUGGUGGCUUGCGAAGAAUGGCGGUAGUCAAGCUUGGGUUCCCGCCGCCUACGUCGAGGAGCAGGCUCCUGCUCCCGUCGUGGCUCCCCGCCCGCCCCCACCUCCUCCUUCGGCCAACGGAGCGGCUGCCCGCGGCAAGCCUACUCCUCCUCAGCCGCCCGUGAAGCGACCUGCUGCCGGCCGCAAGCCCGCUGUCGCACAGCCGCGUGACUCUGGCUUAAGCCUCAAUGGAGCUAGUGGCUCUGACAACAGCCGCAGCAACACCCCGACUCUCGGCAACAGCUUGGCGGACGCUCUGCUUGCUCGCAAGAACGCGAUGCAGAAGAAGGACGACGACGACGACUGGUAG